AUGUGCUGAGACAGCUUCCCUGGUGGGGGACCCGGACCGUGCACACAACACAUACGCACCACGUCGAGACCAUGCACCACAGAAUACAACUGCUUCGCUUUGCGGCUGCCGCCCUGGUGCUCGGCAGCUACAGCAGACGAUCGAGCGUGUGCGCUCAUGCUCCUUCAAAAAAUGCCUGGCAUACCAAACGGCCGCGAGCUCAUUUGGCACAGCAGCAGCAGCAGCAGCAGCAGCAAGGGCGAGAUGGGUCCCGAGGCUCGCGCAGCGCCAGGUCUCAGGAGCUCCGGGCGAAGGGUUCUCCGGUCCCUUGGCUGACGUCGGUGGCAGGCCUUCGCGGUGGCGGAUCAACGGCGGCCGAACAAUCGGUUACAUGUAGUUCGAGAGGGGGAGGAGGACGGACGGUGGCGGUGACCUCGAGCCUCCGCAGGUCGCUCAGGAUAUGCGGGCUGUUUGGCCUCUCCUACCUGUGCUCGAUGCUGUUCAACAUCAACAACAAGCGGGCCCUGAUGCUGGUGCCGUUGCCUUGGACCUUCGCGGCGCUCAACCUGUCGAUUGGGUCCGUGGUCGCGCUGCUCUCGUGGUCCAUCAAGAUUGCCCCCUGGCCCCGGAUCACCCGGCAGGACUUGGCCGUGCUUGUCCCCAUGGGCUUCCUGCACGCCGUGUCCCACCUUACCGUAGUCCUCGGCCUCGGCGCCGGAGCGGUGUCGUUCCUGCAGACCGUCAAGGCUGCGGAGGCGUGCUUCACGGCGCUCCUGUCGUACCUCUUUCUGGGACAGACGAUGCCCUUGCCCGUGUACCUAACGCUGCUGCCCGUGGUCGCUGGCGUCGCGCUCACUUGCUGCGGCCAAGGGCUGAGGUUCAGCCUCGAGACGGAAGUCUCGUCGCCCCGAUCCUCGGGCUCCUCCUUCCUCCGGCCUACCGCCGCCAACACCGCCGGCGACCCCUCCUUCUUGAGCAACCCCGUAGCCAGGAGCGCGUCGGCCCUCGCCAACACGCGCGCCGGGGGGGAAGCGACCACGCAGAGGAGCCGGGAGAGCGGGCUCGCGAGCCUCGCCCGCGGGGACACCUACCGCCUCCUCACGGUCGUCGGGGCGGCACUGAUCAUCCCCGCCGCCGCGUACAUGGAGCGCGACUCAUGGCCGAGGCUGUGGCGAGCGGCGAUGGACGCGACCGCUGCCCUCGUUGGGCGGAGAACCUCCGCCGACGGCUUGCCUCCUCUCCCAGGGGAAGCUCUGCUGAGCGCGGUGGGGUCCGUCGAGGACUCGUCGGCGGCCGGGGGGAGGGUUUCCGCUGUUGCGGAGGCGGCGGUGAGGGGGCAGUGGGCGGAGGCGUUCCGGCGGGCGGUGCUUGCCGGGGUCUCGUUCAACCUGUUCUACGACCUGACGUUCAGGCUGCUGGGGCAGCUGCACCCGGUGACGCACGCCGUGGGGAAUACCAUCAAGAGGAUCGUGGUCAUCGCCGCCGGGGCCUUCGCCUUCGGGGGGGAUCUUGGCGGCGCUCGCGGCGUCAUGGGUUCGGCGCUCGCGGUCAUUGGGGUCUUGGGGUACAACCUGUCGAAGGCGCGGUGUAACACGACGACGACGACGCGUACCAGGUGCACCGGUUGAGUGCCAGUUUGGUUUCGUUGCAGGGUUAGGGUUGUAAUUUUUGAGAGCUGAGGACUAGUCAUGCAUAUACAUCAAGAAAGUAAGG